GGUGGUUUGGUGGUAAAUACCCGGCUGUAACAACACACACAACCGGUCAGAUCAGAAAGGACGAAAUUUGACGUGAUUACAGUCAGAUCAGCAGACGAUCAUGCUGUCGAUUAAACCUGAUGUCUAGUUUUAUUUCCAGUGUUUGAUUCGGCCAGACCUCAGCUCGUGUCAUCAUGCUGUAGACCACUGUGUGGCUAUAUCUGUCUGGAUUAGGCUUGUUUAACACCUUCAGACUCUCGGAAUUAGCGCUUUCACGUCGGAUCAUCGAUAGAUUAGUGUUGAUCUCGUCUUGGGCUUUUAAGGACACUGUUUGUGUGUGUUUUACAGUAGCUCGCGAGCCAACAACAAAAGCGCUAGCACAGCCGGCUAACGCUAGUUAAACACCGGUGCCUUUAGUCGUUUAUCUCCGAAUCUAUCAGUGAUGGACAUCGGGAAUGAUUCAGCUGCUUUACUAAUUGGUUAAGUGUGUGUUUGGACUAAGAGGUUCAUUCAAUGAAUCUAUGAGUUUGAUAUCAGUAGGUUAGAGUAGCGGUGUAACGUUAGCUUGACAUUAGCGUUAGCCUGUUAGCAUUAGCGACUCCUUUGUUGGGAAGAGUGAAUGUGAUUUCACUCACUUUGCUUUUGAGAUUUCGUUUUUAUUCAGUCUUAUCGAUUGUUUUAUUGUUUAUAUCUUACUAUCGUGUAUAUAAGAAGUUCGUUUGGCUGUAACAUCAGUGUUUUAUUAAGACAUGAGCAGGAAAUGUUGAGCAGCUGGUGUCUCUGGUAAUACACGGCUGAAGAACAAAUACAGAUAUUGUAUGAAAAUAGCCAUACUGACACUACAGACUAUCACAGUUCAUCGUUUAAAGCUAGUAUGGACCACAUUUCGAGUUUAAACAAGAUCUGUUUGGUAUGGACACAUCUACUCUUCGUCUUCAUGGUAAAUGCGGUUUCGUCGCAGCACAGCGAGAACGUAUAUGUAUCAGGCAUGGCGAACGCCUGUGGAGAUGUAGCAGAGCAGAUAAGGGCGUCCAGUGGAGUGAUCACCAGCCCUGGCUGGCCCUUUGAAUAUCCUUCUCGCAUCAACUGCAGCUGGAACAUCAGGGCCAACCCUGGAGAGAUCAUCACCAUCAGUUUUCAGGACUUUGAAAUUCAGAGCUCGCACAGAUGUGGUUUGGACUGGAUCUCCAUUGGAACCUACAAGAACCUGGAUGGGUACCGGGCCUGUGGCUCGUCUAUUCCUGCCCCAUACAUCUCCUCUCAGGAUCACGUUUGGAUCAAGUUCCACUCUGAUGACAGCAUGACUGGAAAAGGCUUCAGGCUUUCUUACGUAACAGGGAAAUCCGAAGAAGCCAGCUGCAAGCCUGACCAAUUCCACUGCGCUAAUGGAAAGUGCAUCCCAGAGUCCUGGAAGUGUAACACCAUGGAUGAAUGUGGCGAUAACUCAGACGAGGAGCUGUGCGCACAGCCUAAUCCCUCCGCGUUCUUCUCCUUCCAGCCUUGCGCCUUCAACCAGUUCCCUUGUCUCUCACGCUACACCCGUGUUUACACCUGUCUGCCGGAGUCGCUCAAAUGCGACGGCAGCAUUGACUGUCAGGACUUGGGUGACGAGAUCGACUGUGACGUGCCCACCUGUGGUGAAUGGCUGCGCAACUUCUACGGUACUUUCAGCUCGCCCAACUAUCCUGACUUCUAUCCUCCUGGCAGUAACUGCACCUGGCUGAUCGACACCGGCGACCACCGUAAGGUCAUCCUGCGCUUUAUGGACUUCAAGCUGGACGGCACAGGCUAUGGCGAUUAUGUUAAAGUCUACGAUGGAUUAGAGGAGAACCCCGGGCGUCUGUUGCGUGUGUUGACUGCGUUCGACUCUCGAGCCCCUGUAGCAGUGGUGUCCUCUUCAGGACAGCUUCGGAUACACUUUUAUGCUGAUAAAAUCAAUGCGGCUCGAGGGUUUAACGUUACGUAUCAUGUAGACGGUUUCUGCCUGCCGUGGGAAAUCCCGUGCGGAGGGAACUGGGGUUGCUACACUGAACAACAGCGCUGUGACGGCUACUGGCACUGUCCCAAUGGCAGGGACGAGCUCAACUGCAGCAACUGCCAGGAAGACGAGUUCCCAUGCUCGCGAAACGGUGCAUGCUACCCACACUCUGACCGGUGCAACUACCAGAACCGCUGCCCGAACGGCUCCGAUGAGAAGAACUGCUUUUUCUGCCAACCUGGAAACUUCCAUUGCAAGAACAACCGCUGCGUUUUUGAAAGCUGGGUGUGUGACGCGCAAGACGACUGCGGGGACGGAAGCGAUGAGGAGAGCUGCCCGGUAAUCGUGCCCACGCGAGUCAUCACUGCCGCUGUAAUCGGGAGUCUGAUCUGCGGCCUGCUGCUGGUCAUCGCUCUGGGUUGCACAUGCAAACUCUACUCACUCAGGAUGUUUGAGCGCAGGUCAUUUGAGACUCAGCUCUCUAGAGUGGAAGCUGAGUUACUGAGAAGAGAAGCUCCUCCAUCGUAUGGGCAGCUGAUUGCUCAAGGACUGAUCCCCCCAGUGGAAGAUUUUCCUGCCUGCUCUGGAAACCAGGCAUCUGUUUUAGAAAACCUAAGACUGGCAGUUCGCUCUCAGCUAGGAUUCACCUCAAUCCGGCUCCCCACCACAGGACGCCACAGCAACAUCUGGAGACGCCUGUUCAAUUUCACGCGUUCACGGCAGUCUGGUUCUCUCGCACUGGUGUCUGCGGACACAGAAGAGCGCUCUGAUGGCAGUGGCUCCGCACGUGAGCCGGAGAGACUUGGCUCUCGCCGUGGACUCUUGCCCUUGGACUCUGAUGAUACGGACACUGAGAGUGAGCAGCAUCCCCGCAGGGAUGUCCCAGGAGCUGUUGGAGGCCUGAUGGCCCCACUGCCACAGAAAACUCCCCCAACAACAGCAGUGGAAGCCAUCGUCUCCGUGUCUGCCAGCUCGGCUCCACUGGUCAGCCGCGAGAGCAGCAUCUCUGAGAGCAUCUCAGAAAGUUCUGGAGUAACUGGAUCUCCAACUACCAAUACUUCUGCAUCUGGAAGGAGCCCCUUCGGCAGCGCUCUAAGCCGGGUCACCCGCAGCCUACGCUGGAUUCGUUUCUCUCUGGGGCGCUCUAGAGAUGGAGGGUCAAGUGGCAUUGGGCAGAAUCACAGCCCUCUGCGGCAGUUGGAGCAAGGAAGUGUGGGUUGCACUGGUAUUGGCAUUAGAGGCGAGGAUGAGGAUGACGUGGAGCUCCUCAUUCCCGUCUCAGAUGCAAGCUCACUGGACAGUGAUGAGAGCUCCAGGCCGCUGCUGGAACAAGGCCUGGAACAGGCCUUCGGGCCCCACCUGACCCCCGCUCCGGUCUCUCUCAGAGGCCGGCUGGUGGGUAGGGAUGGCCCCUGUGAACACUGUGGAAUUGUCCACACGGCGCGGAUCCCGGACGCUUGUCUGGAGGCGACGGUGAAAACAGAAUCUAGUGACGACGAGUUACUGCUGCUCUGUUAAGACUCAGAGGAACUCCCUGACUCGGUACAUGACCCGUAUGACUCUAAAAUGCCCCUGCUUACAGCUUGCCAUUUCUGUUAUCGCCCCCUAGUGGAGCGGAGGUUGAGUGUCUUUAAACAUGUGUCCUCUUACGAGUCGAAGAGCUUCAGAAAUCAGGUACUUUUAAAGACCGGUCUGUAAAGAUCAUACAGCGUAAGAGAGCUCCACAGUCCCACUGUCCCUUCCACUGUGCAAUAUUCGUAUUCGUUGAGAUGUUUACCAGGUCAAAGUCUAUUUUUCUGAGUCAAAUUAAGCUCAAGUAGAGUACAGAGUGAGCCGCUUUGCAGUAUGGGAAAGCAGCACAGACAGACCCGUCGAUCCUGGACAGUGUUGGACAACGAAAGAAUGAACACAUCCAAGCGCUCGGAGCGAUUUGUUCUCUGACCUUUAAUUCAUUUGUACUUUUGAUCUCAGACAUUUGUUUUAUUAAAGGAAUGGUUGCCCCAAAAAUGAAAUGUCUAGUCACACUCAUGCUGUUCCAGACAUACUUUCUUAUGUUAUGGUGAAUGGCGUUCUAGCAGCUCUUUUCUAUACAGUGAACACCCUGAAUACAGAUAUUAUGUGAUUCAUAUGAAUCUAUUAUGUUAGUAGUUCUCAUAUAAAGGUACGUUGUAUUAGAUUGGGCAUCAGAUGAUUUCAACGAUUUUUUUCACUGAUUAACAAAAGUCAUGCCGAAGUCAUAUGGGGUUCUCUUUAGUUUUUUGUUGUCCCCAUGUAGUUUCUCUGUAUGGAAAAGGCAGCUUUGACAUUCUGGAAAGUAGCUCAGAGUUUGUUUAGGGGUUAACAGAGUACUAAAUAAAAAGUAAUUUUGUGUUUCGUAUAGGGCUGCACGAUACUGGGAAUAAAUGACAUUGCGAUAUUUUAUUUUUCUGCGAUUUAUAUAUUGCGAUAUGAAAUCUAAUCUAAUUUUUUCUUACAAACGAAAAUGGGGUGAGCACACUGACAUUCUCAUUUUAAAUGAUUUAAACAUCGACACCAUCGUGUCAAUUGAUUAAUAUGCGCGCGAGAGAGCAAGACAGUGCUCGUGUUGUUUGAAGACUGUGAGCCUGCUUCCGUGGCUCGCUUGCUCUCUCUCUCCUCUCUCUCUCUCUCUCUCUCUCUCUCUCUCUCUCUCUCUCUCUCUCUCUCUCUCUCUCUCUCUCUCUCAUGCGCACUCUCUCUCUCGUGCUCUCCGCGAAUCACAUUCGUCAAGGGCCCGAAGCAGCUGGCCCGUACAGUUAAUGAAUAACGGAUCAACUACGACAGCCUACAUCGCACAUCCUGCGAUGUGACUAUCGUGGAUUCCUACAUCGUGAUAUCGAUGUUUAAACGACACAUCGUGCAGCCCUAAUUUCGUAUGAUAGUCAAACCAGUUUGGAACAGUUGAGUAAAUGACAAUUUUCAUUUUGGGUGAAAUGUAUUCUUUUAACUGCUUGCAAAAGGUUGGAGAUCAAAAAAAAAGAAAAGAAAAUUGGUACGUUUGUUCAGUUGCGUGUGAGUUUGUGUCCCUGCUGCAGUGGUACUAGGAGCAUUACCUGCAAGAAUUUAAUUUAUAACCGGUUGUAAUCUGAGAGGGAGCUACUAUUUUUAAAAAUAUUGCAUUGUAUAACAUCCUUUUUUGUUUGUUGUAUUUAUUUUUUUGUUACCGUAAACCUUUUGGUAACCUUUACUGUUUUGGUACUGAGAAUUCUUGUGUGGGUGUGUAUAUUUAUUAUUGGUUUUCAUUUCAAUAGCGUUUACUUAAAAAGCAUGUCCAACUGUCUUGUGCUUUUGUUUUUUUCAUUUAAUGAUGCGGUGUUAAUAUAUAUCUAUAUAAUUAUAUACACGCACAUACAAAAACAUGCAAAAGAGAUCUCUGUAUGUGUGUGUGUGUGUGUAUAUAUGCAUGCACACACACACUACGGGUCAAAGGUUUGGGAUCAGUAAGACUUGUAAUGAUUUUUUUUUUUUAAAGAAGUCGCUUAUGCUCAUCAAGGCUGCAUUUAUUUGAUCCAAAAUACAGAAAAAAAAACAUCUUGCCAAAUGUUAUUACAAUAUAAAAUAAUGUUUUCUAUUUUAAUAUUCUUUCAAGUAUAAUUUAUUUCUUUGAUGUAAAGCUGAAUUUGCAUCAGCCAUUACUCUGGUAUAAAGUGUAACAUGAUCCUUAAGAAAUCAUUCUUAUAUGUUGAUUUUAUUAUUAGAAUUAACUAUUUUGGCAACAAUUGUGCUUAUUAUUAUUAUUUUACUUUGAUACUUUUUUCAGGAUUCUUUGAUGAAGAAAAAGCUAAGAAGGAGCAUUUAUUCAAAAUGUAAAUAUUUUCUAACAAUUAAAAUCUUUGCUGUCACAAUCAAACUUUUGAUCUGUAGUGAAUGUUGUUAGAAAAUAUUUCCAUUUUAAAUAAAUGCUCUUCUUUUUAACUUUUUAUUUAUCAAAGAAUCCUGAAAAAAGUAUUAAGCAGCACAGCAGUUUCCAGCACUGAUUAUAAAUCAUCAUAUUAUACUGAUUUCUGAAAGAUCAUGUGACUCAUGAGACUGGAGUAAUGAUGCUGAAAAUUCAGCUUUGAUUCACAGAAAUAAAUUUGAUUUUAAUGUGUAUUAAAUUGAUGAGCAGAAGAAACUCCUCUAAAAAAACAUUACAACAUUACAAAACCGGUAUAGUGUCUAUAUGUAUAUGUGUGUAUAUAAAGAUGAAAAGAAAAAUGUUUACUGCACUAAGAGAAUAAAAGUGUUCAUCUCA